GGUGUCAACCAAGUGUCAACAGCCGUUGUCAAAUGUCGAUGUGUCAGAAAUAGUUUAUGCUUCGUUUAUGCCAUGAAAAAUUUGUGUUAAGUAUUAUUUUACAAUCUUUUCUAGCUUAAAGCUUUGUCAAGAAAUAGUUAUACAAAAAGGUCACUGAAAUAUCAAAUACAAUAUCUUAAGAAAUAUUACGUAUUCAAUUUCUGUGUACAUAUCUAUCAUGAGUGCAAUAUUCAAUUUUCAAAGUUUAUUAUCAGUAAUAUUACUCUUAAUAUGCACUUGUGCUUAUUUAAGGUCAUUUUUUCCUAGCAUCUUAGACCGGAAUAAAACAGGACUUCUUGGAACCUUCUGGAAAUGUGCAAGAAUUGGGGAAAGAAAAUCUCCUUACGUUGCUACAUGCUGUGUGAUAAUGGCUUUUACAAUACUUUUUCUAACAUGAGGCCUUUUUAAUGUUAAUUUAGUGUCCAAUUGUCAGGUAUAUAAAUAGGAGUGAUGUAUGUUUUUUCAAAUAAAAGAGGAUUUAUAUA